AUGGGUUUCAGGGAUAUUGCUUGCUUUAAUCAAGCUUUAUUGGCAAAAGCUGCAUGGAGUCUGUGUCAACAGCAAGAACAACUAUGGGCUUCAACACUUAAACAAAGAUACUUUCCAGCGACAUCAGCUUUGCACGCAAAUAAGAAGAAAGAUUCAACAUGGGCAUGGCAAAGUAUACAGAGUAGUAUGGACUUCGUCAUAAAACAUAGCUUCUGGAUUGUGGGAAACGGAACAAAUAUUCAAACCUGGAGAGAAAAUUGGAUACAGGGUAUGCUCAACCCACCAAUACCAACUGUUAGUGGUGAUUAUCAGACUAGGAGUUUUAGUAUAAUUGUUCUUCCUUGA